AUGCAUACGUCUCCUACGACGAGUGAUGGAAUUGUUCCCGAUCAGGCUGAUCACGACGGAAAUAUUGACAUGAUGAAAGCCGGUCUCUUCGCGGAAGAGGACGUCCAAGUCAAUACUAACCAAAGAAUGAUUGGCAAGGCACGGGGUCUCAGUAUCCUUGAGAGAUUUAUCUCGUCGAGCGAGAGACAGAAAGCGUGCUUGAGGCUGAUUCCAGGGGCCCACGGGAACCUGCAUGACGCUGUUGUUGGGCGGGACUGA